GUAAGCGUUUAACGUUUCGAGCUAGACCCAACAUUUCCAAGGCUCCAAGGAUCAAAAUCGCAACUCAGCCCCCACCUACUUACAUAGACCGUACAUGACAAUCUUUACAUAGCAGCUGCUAACCCUCUUACGCAUCUUUUCUUCCUUGACAUCCUCACAAACUGGGCGCAGCAGCUGGACUCAUAAGUUGUCUUAGUAUGUGGAGGAUCAAUUGAUGGCAUUUCCUUCUUCUUAUUAGCAUUCUGAGCCUCUCCUUCUAUUCUAACAGCCCACCUUCAUUCAAACUUCCCACGGUCUUUUCGGAAUACCUGUGCGCCAUAUCCGGUCAUAUCGCUCUUUCAAAUAAACCGUCUCUAUGAUCUCGCUGUAAACCUAGAAACAUAUCUCCACCGCCAUCCUUUUUCGCCGACGUGCUAUGCGCAUCGGUAACAUACUAUCCUCUCGAUGUACAAUUUCCGUCGCUGGACCAUCGUCGCCGUCGUCGUCGGUGUCGUCGUCUUCCUUGCCACAUUCUUACCUCAAGCCCUCAACCCCGUCCCGCCCAGCAAGGAAAAGCGGGAAGCCGACCAGGCAUGGAUUAAUACUUCGCCGCAUUGGUUAGAUCGUCAAGCUUGCCGUUGGUUCAGUCUUUGCGGCCUAUUGCACGUUAGGAGAGAUCCUCCGGAGAAGCCGAAACAUGAGGACGAUGGCCACGAACUGAGGCUUGAACUGAGACAGGUCUUGGACGAGGAAUUAUCGGUCAUAUCCAAAGGAGGGCAUAAAGAUAACAAACUGAGGGGCAUUCCGGACUACGUAUUGAACUAUGCUCCGCUGGUUCACCUCUACUCCAAGGAGUUCUUCUGGCCCUCCGAUAUUGCCGACCAUAUGAAACAUGUAAUGCCGGAUCUCGGUGAAGACAAAUGGCAGCAAUUUAACAACGAGUCGCAACCUAUAGGACUAUCGAAUUUAAACGAACUAAGCUCUAAGUUAGGUUUUGUACAUCUCAACAGCAAGGACGAUGUUGAAUCUCGCCCCGAAUGGCUUCAUAGCAAGAACAACAUACCCGCCGCUUUUAGUGACGAGGAUGACGAGGUCGAAGGGCCAGACGAUUCGGAGCCCGACAGGCGGUCUGGUGAAGAUACGACGUGGUAUGAGGUGGACCGGGAUCAUCCCUUACAUCGAAUCUCGGACCCCCGCAAGCUGCCCGGUGGCAUGCCGAAACCGAUAGGCUUCGCAAAACGCUCCCGAGACCUUAAAUCUCGUCAGCAAGAGCAACAGAGACUCUUGUCUCAAGAAGCGCAAGACAAAUUAAACAGACUAAAUAAACCCGAUGAGUCCGGAUACUCGCGUGCGCCAGCCACCCUUGUUCUGGUAGACAAGGGAUCUGGCAUUAUCGAUGCCUUCUGGUUUUUCUUCUACGCCUAUAACCUCGGACAGACGGUCCUGGGCACUCGCUACGGAAAUCAUGUUGGCGAUUGGGAGCAUUGCAUGAUUCGAUUCGAGUCGGGUGUUCCUCGCGCCGUCUUCUUCAGCGAGCACGAAGGCGGUCAGGCGUAUGCUUGGCAUGCCGUAGAGAAGCGUGGGAACGAAACACAAAUACAAAGACCAGUUAUUUACAGCGCCGUGGGAUCGCACGCGAUGUACGCAACGCCUGGAAACCACCCAUACGUGCUGCCUUUCGGGAUGCUCAAAGACGUUACGGACCGAGGUCCUCUCUGGGAUCCUUCGAAGAAUCUGAGGGGCUAUUGGUACGAUUAUGCCGCGACUAAAGACGACGAAGGCCUGGAGCCUGCUAAAGAGAACCCGGACGAACCCACGAGCUGGUUUCACUACAAGGGGACCUGGGGAGACAAGCUGUACGGCCUAGACGACGUGCGGCAAUGGCGAUUAUUCGGCCAGUACCACUACGUGACGGGACCGCAAGGGCCCAAGUUCAAGAACCUCGGCAGGGAAAAGGUCUGCCAGACGUGGAGGUGCCGGAUCAUACACAGCAUAGCAGAGGGCAAGAAAGGGAGCUGGCAUUCAUAAAGGAAUAAAGACAUGGGAGGGCACGGCAUUACCGAUAUAUAUAUACCAAUACCAUAGAACGGCGGCGUUUAGGACUUUGUUCCAACGGGAUUUUAGAUACCUCAGCGGUAGUUGGGCUUGCUUUCGACCGUUAUGUUUUUUUAUAUAUGUAUGAAAUCUAUGCCGUAUGAAAAAUUGAAUAUCGAAAUAUUUAUCUAUCUAGGUUACAUCUUGCGGAGUACUCCGAUUCGUAGAAUUAGUGAUUUGGU